AUGAGUUCUUUUAAAUGUGAAGUUUGCGGCAAUGAGUACAGUUACCGCAAGAUUCUGAAGAGGCAUAUAUCCACAGCCCAUCCACAGAAGCUGAGCGAAAUGAUGCCUCCUGUUACAGAUAAGGAACCUUCGUGUACAUACCAACGCUACAUAUGCGACAAGGAUUUUACUUGUAAAAGUAGUUUAAAACGCCACCAACAAAAUAUUCAUGGCCAACCGCAACAGCAAGGGUUUAAGUGUACAAUGUGUGCAUUUGAAACCGAUUCAAAAAAGUGCUGGAUCGAUCAUUUUCAGUCUGCACACGGAUUAUGUGUGAAACCAGAAGCCCUGGAAUUCUCCAGUGAAGAAGAAUUUUUAAAAUGGAAAGAAGAAAUGGAAUGUGCUACACAUUCCAAAUUCAUUAAAAGCUGUGGCACUAAAUUUUACGAUGAGGGCCCCACAUGUUAUUACGUUUGCCAUCGCUCAGGUCAGUUUACCUCCAAAGGUGAUGGGAGAAGACAUCUGAAAUUGACAGGAAGCAACAAAAUUAAUGGCAAGUGCCCUGCAGAGAUUAAAGUGCAGUACAAAGAAGGAAAAUGCCACGUAACUUUUGUGUCCACUCACGUUGGUCACGAUCUGGACCUAAGUCAUCUCAACCUGACGGAAAAAGAACAGAUGAAGAUAGCUGAGGACAUUGCUGCAGGAAUCCCAUUUCCUACUGUCCUCCAAAAAAUUCAAGAAACAGUGCAGAGUUCGAAUUUGAAGAGAGUGCAUCUUACAACGAUGCAGGAUUUGCAUAAUAUUGCAGCUGCGUAUAACCUGUCUUCAAAGUCAGUCAGACAUUCAAAUGAUGCGAUCAGCGUGGAAGCUUGGGUGCAAGAAGUGCAGCAAAGUGACAAUCCAUGUGUAUUGUUCUAUAAGCCUCAAGAAACAAUUAAUGAUCUGUACCCUGAACUGAAAAGUGAAGACUUUGCAUUAAUUAUAAUGAACAACGCACAAGGCGAAAUAUUAACAAAAUAUGGAGGUGACUGUAUUUGUGUCGAUGGAACUCAUGGCCUAAAUGGCUAUGAUUUUGAAGUUACAACAUUACUUGUACUGGAUGAUAUGAGGCAAGGAUUUCCAUGUGCUUUCCUCAUAUCUAACAGGAAUGACUCAGAUGUUUUGAGUAUAUUUUUCAAUUGUGUUAAGUCUCAGGUUGGACAGAUUUCCCCAAAAGUAUUCAUGACGGACCUGGCAGAAUCGUAUAGUAUCGCUUGGAACAAAACAAUGGGACAUCCUGAAAUGAGAUUUUUCUGUACCUGGCACGUCGAUAGAGCCUGGAGGGCCAAUAUUAAGAGCAAAAUUAGAAGUUCGGACAAGAGAAACGAGGUGUACAAACUUGUUAAAUCGUUAAUGCAGGUAAGAGAUGUUGCUGUGUUUCAAGAAUCGUUGGUAAAAGCAUUGCAGAAACUCAACAGCGAUCCAGAGACUUCAGAAUUUUUUCACUAUUUCAAGACGUAUUAUGAAAAAAAUGUGAAGUGUUGGGCAUAUUGUCAUAGGAUGCGAUCCGGACUCAACACAAACAUGCACCUGGAGAGCAUGCAUAAGACAUUGAAAUAUAUACAUGCUAAUGCAAAGCAGGUAAAACGUUUGGACAAAGGUAUAUCUGCUUUGAUGUCGCUUGUAACAGCAAAGCUGUUUGACAGGCUCAUUGUCAACGUGAAAGGGAAGCUAACAAGUAAAAUGAAAAACAUUCGCCGUAAACACAAAUGCAGCAUUCUGAUGAAUAAGGACUCAAUUAGGAAGGUAGGCAGAGGUUGGGAAGUACCAGCCACAAAAUCACAUGAAGUUUACCUUGUACAAGAAAAUAAUAUCUUCUGUAACUGUAAAUUAGUGUGCACUGACUGUAAAGUGUGCAUUCAUAGGUAUUCCUGCACGUGUAUUGAUUAUAGCAUUAAGUUAAAUAUGUGCAAGCAUAUACAUAAUGUUUGCCAACUAGACAGUACAGAACAAAAUCCUUUUGAAAUUUCUGAAUUACAAGAUGCAGUAGCUACAGAUGUUGGAGAUAUGUCUUGCAUUAAUGAGAAAGAAGUGAUUUUGAAGCAAGUAAGUGGAAAUGCUAAUUCCUGCACCCCAGAAGCAUUGGCAGAAGAGAAGAGAAAAAUUAUUUCUAGGUUUUCAGAAAUUGUUUCUGGUAUGUCAGCUACUGAAGUUCAGCUGGCUAACAAAAUGGUGACUUCGUUGAAGGUUAAUGUAGGUGCUGUUCGCACCAGUAGUGGUAUCUCUUUCAUUAGCCCACAAAGAAGUCUCAAGAGGAAUCUUUUGCCCCAGAGGAGGCUGUUUUCAACAAAGAAGACAAGUUCCUCAAAACGCAUAUCCAUGGCAGUUCCUAAUGCAGAAGAAACCAACAACAUCCUGAGAACACUUCUGGAUGAAGAUUUAUAG